UUUAAAAAGAAAAAAAACAUAACUCAUGUUCUGGCGGGAAAUAAUAUAUUGAGCAUUCUGAGUAUUGUUUUUAUUACUUUUAAAUGUUAUUUGGCAACGCCCCUGCGACAGGGAUGGUCCAUCCCCUUUUACGCGGAAUAAAAGCCAAGGGAUGCUGCCAUCUCUGUUAGUUUGAAACAGUGUCGACCCGGGAUGGUACAUUUAAAAUAUUCCUAUAAAAAUAAUAUUUUGCUUAACAAAUUGGUGGCGAAAAACUGUGUUUUAUAGUGUCGUUUUUUUAAAGAAUGUAGUAAAGGACUUUUUUGAGAGUGGUUAGGUAUUACAUAACAGUCACCAUGAAGAGUUGGUUGGAGACAGCUAGUAGCAUGGAGGAUGGCUCCCUGUCGUGUAUGCUGGCAGAGCCCCGGGAGGCCCUACUGCCCAUCACCGGCAGAGAAAACCUGGCGCCAAGGAAAAGAGACCGAACCUUAGAGCCCUGCGCGAUAUCCGAAGAGGCAUACUUAUCAAGUGGAGCUGGUUCUCCUUGCGCAGGACUGUCCCGCGAAGAACGACGCAGAAGACGUAGGGCUACCCUAAAGUACAGAACAGCACACGCCACCCGGGAGAGGAUCCGUGUCGAAGCAUUCAAUGCGGCCUUCGCAGCCCUACGCCGUCUCCUACCAACAUUACCCCCGGACAAAAAGCUGUCCAAAAUUGAAAUCCUCCGUCUAGCUAUCUGCUAUAUCGCUUAUCUAAACCACGUUUUAGAUGCUUAAGAUUGCAAUUAUUAACUUCAGACGUAGCGAUCACUACUAAUAAUACACCCGGAGCAAAUCUUAUCAACAUUGCUCCCAGACAACAAUUACGAUCGACUAAAAAAUUUCCUCGCGCGCGAGUUAAAUCGCGCAAAUGCAUUGAAUUGACAAAUGAAAGUCACAUGGCAAAGAAUGUCAUUGCUGCCCUAUAAAUUUUAACAAAUAGAACAGAAAAAAAAGUAGUUAGAUCUGAUACAUCGCCUAUCUUAGAUGGUAGAUCCUGGAACCAUUCAUCAACAUUUGCAUCUGUAUCAGUCAUCAGAUACUGCCAACAUUACCCUAAAUUAUCCACCAAACAUGCUCUUAUUCUUGAUAGUGUCUAUCAAGUAUAAUAGCAUGGAAACGCAGUGAAAGCGUUGUCUAAUUACAUAGUUCGGCGAAAAAAUAAAACACUAUCGGAUAUUUAAAUGUUCCUUUAAGCUAUCUGUCCUGCUUGUGUCCGUCACGUGUUAGAUACUUAAGGCCCCAUAUCUAAGAUAACGAUAAGUUAUCUGUUAAUUAGGUCUAUAUCAUUCCCGUAUCACCUGUACAUUUAAUAUACUUAUUAAUUCACAAUCAAUCAUUUCGAAGCCGCUCUUGAUAAAAAGAAUGCCUUUGACCAACAAAA